AUGACAACACCAAUGGAUAUUGAUGAUUACGAUGACAAUGAUGAUAGAGUAAAAGAAAAGAAUAAUAAUAAUACGAAUAAUACGAAUAAUAUAAAAGUAAAGACAUUUAAAGAAUCAAUGAUUAAAGAUAAAAGAUUGAUUUAUGAUACAAAGACUGGUAUAGUAUUCUCUGCAACUGAGAUUACAAGUGGAAAGAGAAUAGCAAUCAAGGUGCCCUAUGUAGGAUCAACUGCAACACAUCGUGAUGAAAAGUAUGUCUUUAUGAAACUGGUGCAAGAGUUGAUCGAUUCUUCUCCACAACACGAAAACAUCAUACAAUUCCUUGGUGUGUCAGAGUACAUUGCAUUGGAUGAUGUCACACCACCCGAAGAAAGAAGACUUGGUAUUGUUAUGGAGUUUAUGGAAAAGGGGUCGCUAUGGUAUCUAAUGACUAGAGAAUCAUAUCUUUUCACAGGUCAAUUGGUACUGUCUAUUCUCAAAGGUAUAACAAAUGGUAUGAAAUGGUUACAUCGACAUGGUAUCAUUCAUUUUGACUUGAAACCAAGUAAUGUAUUAUUAGGAUCGACCUUUAAUGUUAAAAUAACAGACUUUGGAAUAAGUAAAAUUCAAGGUAGUUCAACUCAAUCACCAAUCACUUCUCUUGGUACAAUUGGUUAUAUUGCUCCUGAACUAAUUGAUUUAGCAAAUGAGAAUAAAUUAAAUCAAUAUAAUUUCUCGUAUAAUGCAGAUGUAUAUGCGUUUGGAAUGAUCAUGUUGAAUAUGAUUAAUUUAGAAAACUAUCUAUCUGGAGAAAGAAAGGUUGAUAUGAAACAAGCUAUCCCUAAAUCUUGUCCAAAAGAAUACAGACAGUUAAUUUUAAAAUGUAUUGGGGAAAUGCCAAGACCAACAUUUGAACAAAUUGAAAGAUAUUUGGAUACUAUAAAUAUAGAUGAAUGUAAUAUAAUGAUGGAUAUAAUGGUACCAAUCAAUCAAACUGUGAGUGAACAUUAUAUGGGUGGUGGAGAAGUACCUUUGAUUUUAAACAAACUACCCAAACUGAUGUGGUACUCUAAUUAUGCUGGAUACAUAGAGCAAUUGGACACACUAUUUAAAUCAAAUGUAAAUACUACAACAACAACGACGACAGUGAUUAUUACAGGUGAAAGUGGAAUUGGAAAGUCAAGUUUGAUAGCUGCCUAUUGUGGUGAUCUUAGAACUACAUCAUUUUGCAUUGAAUGUAGUACACUGCAAUCAUUUGUAUCAGAUAUUUCACAACUUGCCAAAGACUUGAAUAUCAACACCAACAAUUAUUUAGUUAGAAAACCGUCUAGUGACAGUAGUAGCAGCAGCAGCGCUUCAUCUUCAUCUUCAUCAACCCCUCCCUCGUCACUAUCUUCAUCCACUUCUUCUACUUCAUCCAUCUUCUCUUCCAUAUCCUCAUCCUCCUCCAACUCAAUUAAUCUUUUAGAUAAUGCAGUAUUAUUGAAAACAAUCUACACAAAGUUGUAUAUCUCAAAACAAAAUAUUCUUAUUGUGUUUGAUAACGUUGAAGAUGCUGGGUUGCUUGAAUUGGUCAUUUCAAGUCUCAAGGCAGCCCCACCAAAUGUAUUAUUUUGUAUAACAUGUGUAUCUAUCCCACCAUCCAACAUGACAUUGAUCUCCCCCUCCUCCUCUGUCGACAGCGGUGUCGUCGAGUUGCCAUUGUCACGACUAUCACAACCAGAAUCGAUUAAAAUGAUGUCAGACCUUUUAGGAGGACGGACAGUUGACCCCACGCUCGACAUCUCAUCCAUCACCAACAACCUUCCCAAAAAAUUGGCACAACUUUUAAAAGACUAUAAUAGUAAUUUUAAACUCAAAUGUACAUUUACAAACUUUAUUAAAAUGGAACUUGGAAAGUUAAACCCUACUAGUACCGGCAGCGGCGGAGGCGGCACUACACUAUCCCAAUCUUCAUCCUCCCUCUCAUCUUCAACAACUAUUCUAUCACAAUUCACAUCCAAUAUUAGUUACAAUAAUAAUAAUAUAUUUACUAAAUCACCAUCAAGAUUACUUCAAUUAGCAACAGCAGGUGGAUUAAAAUCAUCUAUUAGUUUAUCAUCUAGUGGAGGUGGUGGUGGUGGUGGUUUGGGAAGUAGUAUUGGUGGGAUUGUCACAUCUGAUCAAUUUGAUUGGAUUAAAUCGAUUCUACCGGGAGGAGGAGGAGGAGGAGGAGGGUCACAAUCACCACUCUCUACUACGCCAACAUCUUCACCUGUUGGAUACAACAAUAUUUUUGGUGGAUCAUCAUCAUCGACCGAUCAACUACUAUUUGAAGUACCAACACUCCAAACAACAUCAAUACCCGAGAAAAUAACCAAAUAUUUAACAACUGGCAUUAAUUAUGUCAGAAUACAAAACGCCACCCUCACCAAUGUACAUGUACUCAUCACUAAAUAUCCAUCACUCAGAGAAAGCGCACCCGUUCCCAUAUUUUCAGAUCAGAGCAACUCUACUAUGGCACAACUAAUCAAAGCCAUGGAAACCAAAGACAUACCCAUCACCACCAACACCAUCUACGUCACCUGUAUCAUACAAUCGGUUCACAGUGACGGACUACUAGACAUUAUCAUGAAAAACAAACCAGUCAAUCAGUCCCAAGUCAUCACCAUCAAACCGUCGCAUCUUUCAAAAAUUAAAGAAACCAUUGCCUAUGCAACUGUUGAAAGAUCAGUUCCUCCUAUUCCUUGGGUUUAA